AUGCCGUCAGCAGACUCUGACUCGCACACGCCUUUGGCAGGCGGUGGACCUGCCUCGCUCAUCAUCCUCAAAACGCAUCCGCCUCUGCCAGCAUUUAGCAUUCCUCACCGUGUCCCCGAUCCUUCCUCCGACAUUUCUUCCUUGAAACUCUCCAUCCUUCGCAUCCUCACUGGCCAGACCAAUGCGCACUCUUCCACCAAACCACUCACUUUCUCUGAAGAAGUAAAGGAAAAGGCUAUCAAUGGCUGGAAGAUGCAGAUGCUCACUCUUGAACUUCGCCAAAGCGACGACCUCGACGAGCAAGACCACGUUCAACAUCACCAACAUACUUCUGCUUCUCAGCCAUUGCGCGGCUUCGAGCUGCAAGACCAUCACGAAUGCAGCCUCAUCGAGCAAGGCGAUAUGAUCGUCGUCCGUCUCAAGCCAAACCAUACCCUAGACGAGCUCGAGCUGCCCGAGCUUGGUCCAGCCCAUCGAUAUUCCGCUCCAGCCGGCUCACUCACCCGCGCCGGUACGCUUUCCGAACCACCACCGUAUUCCAUCAUCCAACCUUCCGAGCCUUCCUCCUUCUCUUCCUCGGUCGGAGCACAGCCUAACGCCAACUACCAUCAGCAUCGAUAUCAGGAUUAUCGUUCCGCCUUCCGCGUUGUCACAGCCAACCAUGUCGGUUCCGGUCACAUUCGUCGAAGCACAGCGCUUAACACGCCCUCCGCUUACACCAACAACCCGGCUAGCUUGGGCCAAGGCCUCAAUCUGUUGCAGCCGUCCUCGACAAAGGCCAAUGGAAACAAGGGCAAGCGUCGUACCUCGACUGCAGCUGCGACUCCGACUGCGGCCCCCAAGCCAAGCACAAGCCCCAAGCUCACCUCAUCAGCCGUCUUGACAGACGCAAACACAAACACAAACGCAAACGCUGCCCCCACUGCCCCCACAUCUGCUACAACCCCAAGCACCGAGACUCUUGCCUCUUCAGCGAAUCCCAGCACGGUAGCGCUCCCUGCUUCCACCAUCGACCAACAAAACCUAGCCUCGCCGCCGACAUCGCCCAGGCUCGCAAGUGGCUCUGCUACACCGGUAUCCUCAUCCGGUGCAUUCCCGGGCGCUGUGCGCCGACAAAGCUCGUCCGUCGUCACGCUCCAGGCUGGGCAGCGCUCUACCGCUCCAGCAACCACCUCGGCUUCCUCGCCCAAGCCAAACGGCAAGUCGUCUUCCCCGUUCGCAUCAAUGCCUGCCACGGCUCUUGUCAUUGGACCAGGUGUACAGGGUCAAGUCGGUCGCAACCCCACGAGCGCAAAUGCUCCCAUCGGCUCCUAUGGUGCUCCCGAUUUGGGCGAAUAUGGCAACCUCAAAGCUCUCGUCGGCUUCACAUCAGCUAGCGGACCCGAAAUACGCGCAAAGCCACGACGCAAAUCAAGCAGACAAAACAGUCAAGAGUUCACUUGGACUGCCUCAGACAACAAUGUUCUCGAUCCAUCUAUUUCGCGUCGUAGACCCUCGAACCCGGCCACCGCUGCUGCUGAUGCCGCAGAGAGACGAGCAGCUAUCGUCAGGCAGUCCUCUACGGACGCAGCUGCCACGCUCGGCACCACAGCCGAUGCUCCACCCAAACGGCCCGUCAAGGAUCGUCAGACGUCUUCGAGCAGUCGCAUCAACAAAUCCGAGCUCCCGAAUCCUCCGCUCUUGCCUCCCAUUCAGAAUUUGGCGCCAUUCCCAGUAAAGCCAAAGAAGGAGAGAGAUUUACCACCCAUGCCCAUGCCCAUGACUGCUCACGAGCCAAAUACAUCCAUGGUCACCGUGAGCACGCCCACCGAAAACAGGCCACCCAGGCUAUCGUUUUUGCGCAAGUUCAGUACCAACACACAGUCCAGUAGAAACACUGACAGCGGCCAAGAUUCUCCCGCAAAUGAGCCGGCAAGAGGUGGAUUCGGCUUUCUGCGACAGUCGCAGACGAACACUGCACCGCUCGACGAGAUAGAUCCGGCCAUCAAGCCGGCGCACGAGCGCGAGUCUUCACAGAACAGCAGUUUGACACGCGCUGAAAGGCGAUACUUGGAAGUGCAGAAGGCGUUGGCGACCGAGAGAGAAAAGCAGGCCGAAGCCGAGAAGCAGCGAGCGGAUGAAAAUUUGGCUUUGCAGGUGAAAAAGGAUAAGGAGAGAGAAAGAAAGGAGAGCGAGGCCAAGAAGAGGGCUGAAGAGCAAAAGUGGGAAAUGUGGGACGAGGUGAGGCGCAGGCAGAAGGCAGCCAAAGAAGAUAAGGUGCAUCCAGGCAUUCAGAGGCUGUACAGCGCGGCCAAGCAGGAGUCAAAUGCCAAGCCUAAGUCGGCAACCUCGGCAGUGGUAGUGACGCCAUCCGCCCAGCCAGAGCUCGAGUCAUCGCCUCGAGACAGCUUUGCAACCGCUACGGCCUCGUCCCCGGCCAUCGCCCCUGUCCUGGCGAACGAUGCUCCUUCUGAAACAACGCAAGCUUCGGUAGGUGGUUUGGCUAGUGCACAGCACGGCAACGGUCACAGUCAUGGCAAUGACAGCGGAUUGGGACAGCGCAUAGAACUUGGCCUCGAACGCAUCACACGCCUACUUGCCCGUUUGGGCUCGCCUCACAAGCAAUUUCCCGUCAUCCACGUCGCCGGUACCAACGGCAAAGGCACCACCAUCGCCUACCUCGACUCCGUUCUUCGCAACGCGCUCGACAUCCGCACCGGCACCUUUGUUAGUCCGCACCUGAUCGAACGACGCGAUUGCUGUAAAGUUGACGGCAAGAUGGUCUCCAAAUCUUUAUGGAAGCAAGCUCAGUCGGAUGUGCUAUUCGCUGAUCAAGGACUCGACAUUGCUGCUUCCAGCAACGACGAUGGUCAACCACUCAAGUCGUCCCCUUUCGAGCUUCUUACCGCGCAGACGUUCCAGGCGUUCUCGCUGCUGCCAGAAUCGGAGCGGCCCGAGAUCCUGUUGAUCGAGGUAGGGCUAGGUGGCAGGCUGGAUGCAACAAAUGUGUUUGAUGAUACGCAGGUGCUGGCGAGUGUCGUAUGCCCUAUCGAUCGAGACCACGAGGCAUUCCUCGGUAGCAAGCUCGAAGGGAUCGCCCAAGAAAAGGCUGGUAUCAUCAAACACAACGGUCUUUGCAUCAUCGCCGAUCAGCGCUUAGACGACAGCUCUGUCGUUGAUCAACUUGCAUUGGGUCCGCUGCAGAACGAGGCGAAGCAGUUGGGCAACAGGGCAGCUGGAAUCAUGGAUUCCAUCCGCAACGUCUGCAUGACUCACAAUGCUCGCCUCGUCAAGACGUACAUCCCAUGGAAAGUGUUGAGUCUGCCACCGACCAAGAUGGACCGAUGGGGAAGUGUGAUUGAUUUCACCCCGCGGUUGGCGCCGACCUUGUUUCUGUCGACUUCGGGACUGAACCCUCCAUCGACGUUUGUUGCACAUCCUCACGAUCCGGUGGUGUUCGGGGUGCCGGUGCAGGUGGAGCGAACGAGGGCGAAUUUGACCGGAGUAUGCAUGGCUGUUCAGACCUUGUCGUCAAUCGCGCGCGAUGAAUGGGCGCAGGAUCGGUGGGAGGAACUGCGGACGCGCAUCAUGUGGGGGUUGCGAGACGAUGCGGAAUCCAAUCUGCGGGUGAGGGAGAGCAUCAAUGCCGUCAGCUGGGCGGGCAGGUGUAGCUGGCACACGUUCGACGGAAAGCACGUCCUCAUCGACGGCGCACACAACGAGGCUAGUGCAAAAGCCCUCCGCGAGUACCUCGACAGCUGUCUUUCUGCGCGAGCGCUCUCGAACCAAGCCAAAGCGAAAGGCAAAUCGCAGUUCGAAAUCACUUACAUCUUGGCGUUCUCUGAAGGCAAAGACUACGAAGCCAUGGUCAAGGCGCUCUUGGACCAACCGACGUGGGUGGAAAAGCAAAGUGUUGCGCUGACGCGUUUCAGCGCGCCCGAGGGUAUGCCUUGGGUCAAGAGUGUCGAGUUGCAGGAUGGGUUAAAGACGUUAAAGCGGCUAAGCAAGCAGCUGGAUUUGGGAGAGUUGAGAGUGUUUGAUAGUGUGGCACGAGCGAUGGAGUGGGCUACCGCUAAGGGCGAGGCGCCGGUGGUGGUGGCUGGAAGUCUGUAUUUGGUCGCUGAUGCGUACAGGUUGUUGAGGGACAAGGGGGUUUGGUCGGGAUGA